CAGCAUGACGCUAAACGGCAUUCUACGUGUGCGAGGGAGUUAACUAGAACGAGUUGUUAGUGAAGUAUCGGCGACCGGGUGGGGAGGGGGCUGGUAGGGUUUUCACGUCUUCAUACCGCCCGCGCGGGAUCGAAGGAGUAAACUGAUGGUGCUAACAGGUGACGCUGUUCCUCCUCACUCAAAAGCAGGCUUUUUAUACAAUAAGGGCGAGCAGAGGCGCGCGCAGUCUCCUAAGGCUCUCGCACUUUUUAACCGAAACUCGAGCCAAGAGGGUGGUGCGGGCUAACGGUGGUACUUGCGGCUGAGGCGCGCGACAGCAGACCUGACUGGUGGUCUCCGUGUCGCAAAGCCUUGCGCUGCGUUCCUUAAGGGGCCUAUGAUCAGGAGGUUCAGUUCGUGAAAAACACGCGCCCAUCCUCCUCUUCGGCCACUUCUAAUUUUCUCACCCUCACCCCCCGCCCACGGGCCCUGUCAGUGUGUCUGUUGCCGAAAGUGUAGGAGUGCCUCCUUCCCGCCCCGCCUCAGGCUUCCGAUGCUGUCACUUGAGGUCGCCUAGGAACGCGCUCGUUUGGCGUGUGUUUGAUUUACAGCUGCGGCCCCAGCGGGAUGUUCGCAGCGGUGGAGCAGGGCUCGGUGCUGUGCAGCGAUUCCAACAUCCUCUGCAUGUCCUGGAAGGGCCGUGUGCCCAAGAGUGAGAAGGAGAAGCCCGUUUGUCGGCGACGCUGCUACGAAGAAGGCUGGCUGGCGACUGGCAACGGCAGAGGGGUGGUCGGCGUGACUUUCACUGCUAGUCACUGCAAGAAGGAGCGCAAUACCCCGCAGAGGAUCAACUUUAACUUGCGAGGCCACAACAACGAGGUGGUACUUGUGCGGUGGAAUGAACCAUUUCAGAAACUUGCGACAUGCGAUGCUGAUGGAGGAAUUUUUGUGUGGAUUCAGUACGAAGGGAGGUGGUCAGUUGAGCUAGUCAAUGAUCGUGGAGCACAGGUGAGUGACUUUACCUGGAGCCAUGAUGGUACUCAAGCACUCAUCUCUUACCGAGAUGGCUUUGUGCUAGUUGGAUCUGUCAGUGGGCAGCGACAUUGGUCUUCUGAGAUUAAUUUGGACAGCCAGAUUACGUGUGGAAUAUGGACACCUGAUGAUCAACAGGUGCUAUUUGGUACAGCUGAUGGACAAGUGAUAGUGAUGGACUGCCAUGGACGUAUGCUGGCUCAUGUAUUACUUCAUGAAUCUGAUGGUAUCCUGGGAAUGUCUUGGAAUUAUCCUAGUUUUCUUGUGGAGGACAGUAGCGAGAGUGACACAGACUCUGAUGAUUACUCACCACCACAAGAUGGCCCACCAGUAUACCCUUUACCAAUUCAGAACAGCAAGCCGCUGCUGACUGUUAGCUUCACUUCUGGGGAUAUUAGCAUGAUGAACAACUAUGAUGAUUUAUCACCCACUAUUAUCCACUCAGGUUUAAAAGAUGCGGUUGUACAGUGGAGCACCCAGGGGGACUUACUUGCAGUAGCAGGCAUGGGAAAGCAGAAUCAACCUUACGAGUCAGGAGGUCUUCCUGUAGUGAAAAAUACCGCUGUUAAAUUCUAUAAUAAUCAUGGAGAACAUAUUUACACACUGGAAAGUCCCACCCAGCGUCCCAUUACAGCCAUCUGCUGGGGUCACCGUGACUCACGUUUGUUCCUUGCUUCUGGACCUGCAUUGUAUGUUGUUCGAGUGGAGCACAAGAUUGCCAACUUGCAAUUAUUAUGUCAACAGUCUAUAGCUAUUUCUCUGCGUGAUGAGAAAGACUUCAGUAAAUUAACACUGCCACCUCGUCUUUGCUCAUACCUCACUGCUGCAUUUGUAUCAACAAUUAAGCCUCCCAUUCCAGACCCAAAUAAUAUGCGGGAUUUUGUCAGUUACCCGACAGCAGGAAAUGAAAGACUGCACUGCACCAUGAAGCGUACAGAAGAUGACCCAGAGGUAGGGGGACCAUGCUACACCCUGUACCUGGAAUACUUGGGUGGACUAGUGCCAAUUUUAAAAGGAAGGCGAAUAAGCAAGCUUCGACCGGAAUUUGUCAUAAUGGACCCCAAAACUGAUGGUAAAGCAGAUGAAAUCUAUGGAAGCAACUUGAUGUCAGCAGUGAUUGAUAGUUGUAACUGUUCUGACUCCAGCGAUAUAGAACUAAGUGAUGACUGGAUUGGCAAGAAAUCUCCAAAGAUCUCUCGAGCUAGCAAAUCCCCCAAACUACCCAGAAUUAAUCUCGAUGCAAGAAAAUCACCCAAACUUUCAAGGGCUAGCCAGGAGGUAUCAAAGUCUCCACGAUUGCCAAUUAGGAAACCUUCUAUUGGUUCCCCAAGCUUAACUCGUAAAGAAUUUCCUUUAGAAGAUAUCACACAGCACAACUAUCUUGCUCAGGUCACAUCUAACAUCUGGGGGACUAAAUUCAAGAUUGUGGGACUGGCUUCAUUUCUACCAAGUAAUUUGGGUGCAGUAAUCUACAAAACCAGCUUGCUCCAUCUUCAGCCCAGACAAAUGACUAUUUACCUACCAGAAGUACGCAAGUUAACAAUGGACUACAUAAAUAUGUCUAUAUUCAAUCCCAGUGUUUUCAGUGAAGAUGAAGACGAUCUUGCAGUGAAUGGAACUUCUGGAGCUCCAGAAAACAACCCUUCUUGCACUGUUAACAUUCCUAUUGCACCAAUCCAUAGUUCUGCUCAAGCAAUGUCCCCUACUCAGAGUAUUGGACUUGUCCAGUCUUUACUAGCCAAUCAGAAUGUGCAACUUGAUGUUUUAACUAAUCAAACAGUUGUUGCAGGAGCAGUGGAGCGCACUUUGGACAGUUCCAGCCAGUAUGCAAUUUCCAAUAGGUUUUCUAAUCCAGGACAGACAAUGUUUGGAAGCAUGGAAACAGGCCGAAUGACUGGUGUCUCACAACAGCCGUCAUCACAGAUCUCGGGGAUGGUGCAGAUUCCUGCUGUGGAGCAUGUCGAACGAGAACCUGAGCACUGUCAAAAAAUCAAACCGAUGCGAACAAUGCCACAGUUGGUUGAAGGCAACACGGUGGCAUUCUGUACAACCCCUGAAAUGCAGUUAGCUAAAAUAAAUGCACAUCCACCUCCUCCAUAUCCAGGAACUACAACAGUAUCAGCAGCCACCUCUGCCACUGCUCCACCAGUGGAUAUUUGUCUGAAAAAAACAGAUUUCUCUCUCUUUCCUACUGGACAUCUUCAAACCCCUCUAGGUUAUGAAAGAAUCACAACAUUUGAUAGCAGUGGAAAUGUUGAAGAAGUGUGUAGGCCUCGCAUGAGAAUAUUGAGCAAUCAAAAUAUGUGUACGCUCCCAGGCCCAGGACAGUCAUCAUUACGCUUGCCUUCAGCAGAUGCUAAGAAGAUACAACAGGUAUAUGGUACACUGAAUAGGCUAAGUGUUGCUCACUGUGUUAUUCCUAGUGGGGAUCCACCACCUUAUCCUGAUACAACUAAUAGAAGUCAACGUGUUGACAGUAAUACUAUACAAGUGCCAUUGCGCAGUGAUAGCAAAGAUGCCAUAGCAAAGGUGUCUCAACUGUUAGACUCUCAUAGGGUUAUUCAACAUGGUCACAAAUCAAAAAGCAGCUCUGUGUCUGCACAGUACCAACAAACUUCUCUUAGAUCUCCUGCUCUCUAUACCUGCAGUCAGUGCAUCAGCAAUGGAAGCAACAAUGGUAACAUUAAUACUAGAUCAGAAAUACCUACUGGGACUGGUUCUCAGCAUAGCACUGUAAUUGUCCACUCAACUAGUACAUCACCCCUCUCUUCUCAGUCAUCUUAUAAUCUCCUGAGUCCUCCAGACAGCUGUCAUGAUAGACCUGAAUAUGUUAAUAAUGCUUUCAGUGAGGAUGAAACCAUUUUGCAGCAUUGCCAAAUUGAAAAGUCCAUUAGGCAUAUUGCACUCACUAGUGAAAUGAGUAUGAAGCGGCCACCUCCAUAUCAGUGGGACCCAACAGGAAGCGAGGAGAUUUGGAUCCCACAAGAACGGCCAACUCAGAUUUCUGCAACAGGAAGCCAUAAACCACCAAGUCCCUUGCUGGAGCAAUCACAUGUGGAAAUAUCUCACUUACCAUUCAUUCCUAUUAAAUCUCCUACCAGCCCAACAGUCACUUUCCAAUCAAACUUUGGAUUCACUUUACCAUAUCCAGUAAGUUACAGUGCAUCUCCUAUUGCAGCAUUUCAGGCCUCAUUUCCUUCUUCAGAAGCUAUAGGCCCACCACCAUACCCACAGCAAGACCCUUCUGUAGUUAUCCAAUCUGGUUAUCCAGCUAACAUUGGCUGUUGCCCAUUACCACCAAUGUAUCCAACCAGCAACACAUUUUCUAGUUUACAGCUUCCUCAGAUUACAUUACACCAAUGGAAUGCCUAUGGUGCUUGUUCUCCGAUGCAUAGUUCACAGGGAACUUUAAGCUCAAAGCCAGACUUACUUGUUGAGAAAUCUGGAAUGCCUCAGUUUCCAGCAGACCAGCAAGAUCACACAGGAACUGAGGUCAUUGUGGAAACAGCUAACAACUUCCGGGAGGUUCUCUCUCUGACAGAAUCUCCUGUGCCCCAGCGAACUGAUAAAUACGACAAGAAAAGCCGUAAACGGUUAGACAGCAGACCAGAGGAGGCAAAUAUGCAAGCAGUAACUGAAGGGAAAAUAAAAAAAGAGGCAAAGGCACUUACAGACUUCAAUUCACUCAUUUCUAGCCCUAGACUAGGAAGAGAAAAGAAAAAAAUCAAAAGCCAAAAGGAUCAGAUAAAAUCCAAAAAGUUGAAUAAAAUAAGUGAGUUUCAAGACAGUUCAGAAAGUGAGCCAGAGUUAUUCAUUAGUGGAGAUGAAUUGAUGAAUCAGAGCCAGAGCAGCAAAAAAGUUUGGAAAACUAAGAGGAAUCUAAGGACAACAAAUGAAACUGAUGAGCUGAAAUGUCGAAGAGCAAAUGAAAAAGAGGACGGGAAGUUGGGAAAUCAAGGUUUUGUGUAUGUAAUGGCUAACAAGCAACCACUUUGGAAUGAGGCAACACAAGUAUAUCAGUUGGACUUUGGAGGAAGAGUGACACAAGAGUCAGCAAAAAACUUCCAAAUCGAGUUGGAAGGGCGACAGGUGAUGCAGUUUGGAAGGAUUGAUGGUAAUGCAUACAUCCUGGAUUUUCAAUAUCCAUUUUCUGCAGUGCAAGCUUUUGCUGUUGCACUAGCAAAUGUUACACAGCGGCUGAAAUGAAUGGGAAGAACCAAAGUGCUUUCUGGAGCUCAGCGUCUAAAGAUGCCAGGAAUGCACAUUGAGUGCACUGUGACUGAAUUGAUCUGGGUAGCUACAAUGCUGCUUUUCACUUUAGAGGAUCACAGUUCACCUAUUUAGUCUUGAAGUAACAGGAAAGGAGAAGAGCAUACUUCUUAGAUGCAUGCUAGGAGGAUUACAGUUCAGAGACCUUGCUGCUUUGUAGACUCUUGCAGCUGAUUACAUGCUGCCCCUUGCUUGUCUGAAUAGCCCAGUAGAAUAAGUUUACCUGUUAACUAGAUGGCCUUAUAUUGGUGCGAUUUUUUUCCUGCAACUGUUACAGAAACUUGCUUUCUCGGCGGUUUUUAAUAACACUAAUAAUACUUGAAUAAUACAAAGGAUUCCUGGGAACCAGAAUGAAAUGUUGACUUUUAGAUAUGGUAUUAGUAGAUAGUUAGAUUGUGUCAAUACUGUUAAGCACUGGAAAGAACAACUUAAGGAGCUUCUGAGUUAAAACUACAAGUCUUCAAAAUAUCGUUUUUGAGACAGUGUGUUUUAAUAGUCAUUGCUUUGAAAUUAACAUUUUGUGUUUUUGUUGAGCUAUUUUAGUGCUAGCAACUUUUAUUACUUUCAAAAUUUUUCUUAUUUUUAAUGACAGGCUGAUUGCACAUGUAUCCCUAAUAGCGGAUUGCCUUCCCAAAUAUUAAGUGAACCACCAACUUUCGGUUUAUUUGUGAAGCUGGGGACUGAAUGCACCUAAACUUGUACUGUUACAGAAAUGUGCUACAUUUUUCAAUAAAUGUUUUUGUAGCAUA